AAUUCACUUCUCUGACCGGCACUUAGGUUUUUCAUCUUUUGGUAAUCGAUUUGGUCGUCCCGAGCUAUCUCAGUUAACGAGCCCUAACGUUUUCUUUGCGUACAAGUCUGACGUAAUCUUCGCAGAAAUGAAGAUUGUAAUUCUGGUUCUAGCAGUUUUCAUUUUGACCAUAUGUGAUGGUAGAACACAUAAUAAUGACGAGCAGUCUCAUUAUGACACGUGCAUGGAGUUACUGGAGACCGCUACCUAUGAGACGCACACUCUUAUGGAGAUUGUCUACGAUGAAGCCUGUAAGCCUGUGGGAUGGGAAGGAUUCUUUGAUCGAGAAGACGUCAAGGAAAUGGUGCAAGAAAUCUCCGAUAGACUCCAAUACGACUCUCAAGACCAGGGUCUGGGAAUAAAUCCAAAAAUAGGAUGGGUUUUCAGAGCAUUUCACAUGGUUCCCCCUGAAGAAGUGAGGGCCAUUGUAAUAGGCCAAGAUCCCGCUCCUCAACCCGGGUUAGCCACAGGGCUCGCUUUUAGUCUAGAUCCCUCCGUCCAUCCCACCAAAGUCCCAAGUGUCCAGAGAGUGAUCCUCGAGGCCCGAAACGGGGGGUAUUGUGUUGAUCCCACUGUGGGAGUCUUGAUAAGCUGGGCUGAGCAAGGCGUUGUUUUGCUUAAUACAGCUUUGACUUUGAUUCAAGACGAGAUCGGAUCGCAUAUCGAUCUGUGGAGUAAUUUCACUCACGAGGCUAUCAAGUACAUAAACGAAAACACCAAUCCAUCAGUUUGGCUUCUGUGGGGUUACAAUGCAAAAAUGCAGGAAGAAAAUAUCGAUAAAAGCAAGCACUACAUCGUCAAGGGUGGUCACCCAUCACCAAACGCAGAUGGGAAGUAUUUCUUUUGCCAGAAUUACUUCUCCUGUGCUAACGAGUGGCUGUGCAAGAAAGGGCGGGGCAUGAUCGACUGGAACCUAGUUCCUCUGCCCUGCAGGAAGUAUGAUAGUCGCUUGUACGAGAGAAUCCAUGAGGAUCCGGGUUACGCCAACGGAGAGAUAUGCGAAAUGAGAGCCUGUCCUGAAGAUGAAACAAAAAUGGUGUAACCUGAUCUGGAUUAAAUGAAUAAAUCGAAAGAAAUAAAAGAUACGUGAAGUGUUCAUUAUAA